AUGCCUUACGUCCUCCCAGUCCUUGCCCUUCUGGGCCAGCUCAGCGCUUUCAUCUUUCUCACACUCUCGAUUGCCUCCGGCCUGUAUUACCUGUCUGAACUCGUCGAAGAGCAUUCCGUCCUCAGCGCCAAAGUCCUCCGUCGACUGAUUUAUGCCGUCAUACUAGUCCAAGCCUUGCUAUGGCUCGUUGAUGGGUUUCCCUUCUACCUCACCCUCCUCGGUAUUGCCAGCCAUGGUGUAUACAUGACCAAUUUGCGACACUUCCCAAUAGUCAAGUUGACGGAUCCAUGGUUCUUGAUGAGUUGUGGUCUGGUCAUAGCGAAUCACUGGCUCUGGUUUCGGCAUUUUAGCGAUGCGCCCACCUACAGCCGUUCGAACGACCGUAUACUGCGAGAUCGGUACACAUAUACACCACAACCGUCUUUCACAGAGAUCGCGAGCUAUUUCGGACUGUGUGUCUGGCUCGUGCCUUUCGCGCUGUUUGUCAGCCUGAGCGCAGGGGAGAAUGUGCUGCCUAGCAUGGGCAGUGAAUAUGCAACGGGCGAAAGGGAAGGCGUAGGAGGUGGACCGGCGUUCAAGAAGGGCCACAGGAGGCGAAACACGGGCAUGGCAAAGGCUGCGGUCAACAGCACGCGGGAAUGGAUUAGCGAGAACGGAGCUGUGCUGGGUCUGUGGCGGCAUGAGAAUGUCAGGACGUUCUGA